UAACAAGGCUGUGUUCAGCAGAAAUGGAUACAGGAGGAACAGCAUAGUUCAAAGACUAAGGGAGGCAUCUUCUCUCUUUUCCUGGGAUUUAAACGCGAUUUAGGAGGGCAGAUGCCCUACCUGAAAAGGCCAGACCUUAAAGACCCAGGCAGUGUCGUGGUCCAAGGCGUCUCAAAAGAGGUGGCCAGAUCUGCGUUUCUCAUCAGCGGACUCGCUCCGGCUUUGGCUAUUACGGAAUUGAUGCGCGUACACGUGGUGGGUCAUUAUGCUGCUGCACCUGUGUAGUGUGAAGAAUCUGUACCAGAACAGGUUUUUAGGCCUGGCCGCCAUGGCAUCUCCAUCUAGAAACUCCCAGAAUCGACGCCGGUGCAAGGAGCCACUCCGUCACAGCUACAACCCCGGCCAGUUCCACAGUAUGGCCAUUAGGAAUGGCCCCCAUGGCACCGUCACCAUCCCCCGCUCCACCAGUGACACCGACCUGGUCACCUCGGACAGCCGCUCCACACUCAUGGUCAGCAGCUCCUACUACUCCAUAGGGCACUCACAGGACCUGGUGAUCCACUGGGACAUCAAGGAGGAAGUGGAUGCUGGAGACUGGAUUGGCAUGUAUCUCAUUGAUGAGGUCUUGUCAGAAAACUUUUUGGACUAUAAGAACCGUGGAGUCAAUGGUUCUCAUCGGGGCCAGAUCAUCUGGAAGAUUGAUGCUAGCUCUUACUUUGUGGAACCUGAAACUAAGAUCUGCUUCAAAUACUACCAUGGUGUGAGUGGAGCCCUGCGAGCCACCACCCCCAGUGUCACAGUCAAAAACUCCGCAGCUCCUAUUUUUAAAAGCAUUGGCUCUGAUGAGACUGUCCAAGGGCAAGGAAGUCGGAGGCUGAUCAGCUUUUCUCUCUCAGAUUUCCAGGCCAUGGGGUUGAAGAAAGGGAUGUUUUUCAACCCAGAUCCUUACCUGAAGAUUUCCAUUCAGCCUGGAAAACACAGCAUCUUCCCUGCCCUCCCACACCACGGACAGGAGAGGAGAUCCAAGAUCAUAGGCAAUACCGUGAACCCCAUCUGGCAGGCCGAGCAAUUCAGCUUUGUGUCCUUGCCCACUGAUGUACUGGAAAUUGAGGUGAAGGACAAGUUUGCUAAGAGCCGCCCCAUCAUCAAGCGCUUCUUGGGAAAGCUGUCGAUGCCCGUUCAAAGACUCCUGGAAAGACACGCCAUAGGGGAUAGGGUGGUCAGCUAUACACUUGGCCGCAGGCUUCCAACAGAUCAUGUGAGUGGACAGCUGCAAUUCCGAUUUGAGAUCACGUCCUCCAUCCACCCAGAUGACGAGGAGAUUUCCCUGAGCGCCGAUCCUGAGUCCGCGGAAAUUCGGGACAGCCCCAUGAACAGCCUGGUGGCCAGCAGCCGCGGGGAGCCUCCGGGCGAGGCACUGGAGCCCUCCGGGAGCUCGAAGCCCGAGCCGCCGAGCCAGGGCAGUGCCGGGGACGCUGCCGGGAGCGAGAGCCUGGAGCUUGCCGAGCCGGUUGAGGAAGCGGCAGGUACCACCGAGGCAGGAGACGACGGAGCGGGCUCUGUGGGACCUGACGGGGCUGGGGAGCUUCUGGGCCCGGGGCGCGAGGACGCCGAGCCCGCCCUGAGUGCGGAAGAAGUGGCCGAGCGGCUGGAGCUGGGUGGGGAGGCGCCCCCAGCGGGGCUGCCGGAGGACGGCGAAGCCCCGGGCGGCGCCGGGGAGCCGGAGGCGGAGGAAGCGGCCACAGAGAGCCGGGCGGGGGGAGAGGAGAAGGAGCAGGCGGAGGAGGAGGAGGGCGACGUGUCUGCCCUGGGGCAGGGGGAGGACAGGCUGCAGCUGCGGGCCUCGGUGAAGAGGAAAAGCCGGCCAUGCUCCUUGCCGGUGUCCGAGCUGGAGACGGUGAUUGCGUCGGCUUGCGGAGACCCCGAGACCCCGCGGACACACUACAUCCGUAUCCACACCCUGCUGCACAGCCUGCCGUCCGCGCAGGGCGGCCCGAGCGACGAAGGCCCGGAGGAGGAGGCCACCCUCCAGGAUGCCUCGGAGAAGGACGGCCUUAGCGAGGCGGACACGCUAGCUGGCGCGCCACCUCCCCUCGGAGAGGAGGGGGAGGAACCCGAGGGGGCGACUCCAGGCACGGCGACCCCCGGCCACUCGGGCUUGACCAACGGCCUCGUCCCCGACGGCGACAUGCUCCCCAGCACGGGUAGUGAGAGCGACUCGAGCCCCCGGCAGGGCGGGGACCACAGCUGCGAGGGCUGCGACACGUCGUGCUGCAGCCCCUCCUGCUACAGCUCCUCGUGCUACAGCACGUCGUGCUACAGCAGCUCCUGCUACAGCCCCUCCUGCUACAACGGCAACAGGUUCGCCAGCCACACCCGCUUCUCCUCGGUGGACAGCGCCAAGGUCUCCGAGAGCACUGUCUUCUCGUCGCAAGACGACGACGACGACGAGAACAGUGCGUUCGAGUCCGUGCCGGACUCGGUGCAGAGCCCGGAGCUGGACCCGGAGUCGGCCAACGGUGCCGGGCCGUGGCACGACGAGCUGGCCACCCCCGCCGGGAGCGUGGCAAGAACCGUGGAAGGUCUGGAGUCCCCCGUGGCAGGGCCAAGCAAUCGGAGAGAAGGUGAAUGUCCUAUACUCCAUAAUUCCCAGCCAGUAAGCCAGCUUCCUUCCUUGAGACCUGAACAUCAUCACUACCCAACAAUCGAUGAGCCUCUUCCACCAAACUGGGAAGCUCGCAUUGACAGCCACGGGCGAGUCUUUUACGUGGACCAUGUGAACCGCACAACCACCUGGCAGUGUCCGACAUCAGCAGCUACCCCUGACGGGAUGCGGAGGUCGGGGUCCGUCCAGCAGAUGGAGCAACUCAACAGGCGGUAUCAAAAUAUUCAGCGAACCAUUGCAACAGAGAGGCCCGAAGAAGAUUCCGGCAGCCAAAGUGGUGAGCAGAUCCCGGCAGGAGGAAGCGGAGGAGGUGGUGGGAGCGACUCAGAGGCCGAAUCUUCUCAGUCGAGCUUAGAUCUGAGGAGAGAAGGGUCACUUUCUCCCGUGAAUUCACAAAAAAUCACCUUGUUGCUGCAGUCCCCAGCGGUGAAGUUCAUCACCAACCCGGAGUUCUUCACUGUACUACACGCCAAUUACGGUGCCUACCGAGUCUUCACCAGUAGCACCUGCUUAAAGCACAUGAUUCUGAAAGUCCGGCGGGACGCCCGCAAUUUCGAGCGCUACCAGCACAACCGCGACUUGGUGAAUUUCAUCAACAUGUUUGCAGACACGAGGCUGGAAUUGCCCCGGGGCUGGGAGAUCAAAACGGACCAGCAGGGAAAGUCUUUUUUCGUGGACCACAACAGUCGAGCUACCACUUUCAUUGACCCCCGAAUCCCUCUUCAGAACGGUCGUCUUCCCAAUCACCUGACACAUCGACAACACCUCCAGAGGCUCCGGAGCUACAGUGCUGGAGAGGCUUCAGAAGUCUCUAGAAACAGAGGAGCCUCUUUACUGGCCAGGCCAGGACACAGCCUAGUAGCUGCUAUUCGAAGCCAACAUCAACAUGAGUCAUUGCCGCUAGCAUAUAAUGACAAGAUUGUGGCAUUUCUUCGCCAACCAAACAUUUUUGAAAUGCUGCAAGAGCGUCAGCCAAGCCUGGCGAGAAACCACGCACUCAGGGAGAAAAUCCAUUACAUUCGGACUGAGGGUAAUCAUGGGCUUGAAAAGUUGUCCUGUGAUGCAGAUCUAGUCAUUUUGCUGAGUCUCUUUGAAGAAGAGAUUAUGUCCUACGUCCCACUGCAGGCUGCCUUCCACCCUGGGUACAGCUUCUCUCCCCGCUGUUCACCCUGUUCCUCACCUCAGAACUCCCCAGGCUUACAGAGAGCCAGUGCAAGAGCCCCUUCACCCUACCGGAGAGACUUUGAGGCCAAGCUCCGCAAUUUCUACCGAAAACUGGAAGCCAAAGGAUUUGGUCAGGGUCCAGGGAAAAUUAAGCUCAUCAUUCGUCGGGACCAUCUGUUGGAGGGAACCUUCAAUCAGGUGAUGGCCUAUUCCCGGAAGGAGCUUCAGCGAAACAAGCUGUACAUCACCUUUGUUGGAGAGGAGGGCCUGGACUACAGUGGUCCUUCGAGAGAGUUCUUCUUCCUUUUGUCUCAGGAGCUAUUCAACCCUUACUACGGACUCUUUGAGUACUCUGCAAAUGAUACCUACACAGUGCAGAUCAGCCCCAUGUCAGCAUUUGUGGAAAACCAUCUUGAAUGGUUCAGGUUUAGUGGUCGUAUCCUAGGCCUGGCUUUGAUCCAUCAGUACCUUCUUGACGCCUUCUUCACAAGGCCCUUCUAUAAGGCACUCCUGAGACUGCCCUGUGAUUUGAGCGACUUGGAAUAUUUGGAUGAGGAAUUCCACCAGAGUUUGCAAUGGAUGAAGGACAACAAUAUCACGGAUAUCCUAGACCUCACUUUCACUGUUAACGAAGAAGUUUUUGGACAGGUAACAGAAAGGGAAUUAAAAUCUGGAGGAGCCAACACCCAGGUGACUGAGAAGAACAAGAAGGAAUACAUCGAGAGGAUGGUGAAGUGGCGGGUGGAACGCGGUGUGGUACAGCAGACUGAGGCCCUGGUGAGGGGCUUCUAUGAGGUCGUAGACUCGAGGCUUGUCUCCGUGUUCGACGCCAGGGAGCUGGAGCUGGUGAUAGCUGGCACGGCGGAAAUCGACCUCAACGACUGGCGGAAUAACACGGAGUAUCGGGGAGGUUAUCACGACGGGCAUCUUGUGAUCCGCUGGUUCUGGGCCGCCGUGGAGCGCUUCAAUAAUGAGCAGAGACUGAGAUUACUUCAGUUCGUCACGGGAACAUCAAGCGUGCCCUAUGAAGGUUUUGCAGCCCUCCGAGGAAGCAAUGGGCUCCGGCGUUUCUGCAUAGAGAAGUGGGGGAAGAUUACGUCUCUCCCCAGGGCACACACAUGCUUCAACCGAUUGGAUCUGCCACCUUAUCCCUCAUACUCCAUGUUGUAUGAAAAGCUGCUAACAGCAGUGGAAGAAACCAGCACCUUUGGACUUGAAUGA